CAUCCCCCAUCCUCCUCCUCCUCUUCCAUCCCUCACUUGAUGCCAUCCCAGUGGCGGAGGAGAGCCUACGCGACGGAGGAGACGAAGCGAGGGCCAAUCAGAGCAAAGCAAAGAAACGGGAAGGAUGGCAGUGGAAUCGCUGUCCCGCUGUCUCUGCGCGGUUCUGGUUCUGUUCUGGAGCGCGUCGUGGCCCUUGGCCCAUUCGGCCUCUGCGCCCGAGAACGAGGUGACGCUCUGGCCCGCUGCCUGGUUAUCGGAAGGCAAGCUCAGCACUGUGACGCUCCCGAAAGGACGCACUCAAAGGACGUACUUCACGCUGAGGAAGGCGGCAGCCAUGUCGGUGACCGUCAGCCCGUGUGACUCGCCCAUCGAGUGGAGCCUGGCUGCUCGCACCCUGAAGGACAAACCUCUCAAGAGUCAUGAGUGGAGCUCCAAAAAGAGCAUGCCCGAGAUGUGGUGGAGGGGUCCUGGGACUGAGGAGAAAAUACACACUUUUUCCGGCGGUACGUCGGACACCUACAGCGGUCGGGCGUCCCCCCACGCGUCCAUCUACAUUCUGAGGAUGCGCUCCAAACAGCAGAGCAGCAGCGCCACAGUGUACCUCCACCAAGGCUCAGGCCCCUCGGGCGCUUUCCCAGAGAUUCCGGCUGACCCCCGCGUACACACGUUGGGCGUGGGGAUGACAAGCGUCACCCUCAGCUGGACUCCCAGCGCCUCGCUUGCUGGUCCCUCUCAGGACAAAUAUGAUUACUGCGUCCUGGUCAACUCCCAACGCAACUUGCCCAGUCUUUGCGCAGCCCAAGAGAGCGCCAGGGAGGAGAGGGAUAAAAACAGAGAGAAGACAGCGAAGAAGAGGAGGGUGACAGCAUGGCCCAUCUUGAAGGAGUGGUGGUGGGAGCAGUGGGAGGCGGACUUGGAGGAAAAGAGUCCAUCUCCUUACGGGGAUCUUCGGUGUGUCUGCCAGGGGACGGAGAACGUCUGCACAGUCUCUGAGCUCCUGCCCGACACGCAGUACUACUUUGAUGUCUUCGCAAGGGACCGAGUCAAUGGGACCAGCGCCACCUACGAGGGGACCGCCGCCCGGACCCACGGGGAAGCCCAGCCGUCCGUCACCUCGUUGAGAGAAGGUGAGCUGAGGUCGGUCACCUUCCAUGACACGGGACCGAGAUCCGAGCAGUUCUUCAGCUUCCGUCCACGCGGGUCGCAACAGAGCGGUCUCCUCACUGUGCAGAGCUGCGGCGGGGGCAGCAAAUUCAAGCUCACCGUCUCCAGUAAAGGUCGUGUUCUGACCACUCGGGCCGUGGGGAAGGACUUGGUGCAAGUUUGGCUCCAGGGAAGCCCGGUUUAUCUCAUCCACCUGGAGAGGGAAGGAACCGCCAUGAGCGAGAGAUCCACAGCUUCCUUACUCGGGGGUCUGAAGGCUUCGGUCAAAUUACAGACCUCCUCAGCCUACCACCGCAAGGGCGUCCCAUCCCUUCCUUCCACCUUGCAAGUCAAAUCCUUCAACCGCUUACGUGGCUGCAACAGCGUCACCCUCGCCUGGAUGGGCACAGAGGAGAGGAGCCUCUACUGUGUGUACCGGCGAAAGCAGCGGGGCCGACGCGACGAAGACACCCUCAACGCAUCCUGUCUGGGACCGGAAUCCCGCUCGGAUACCGAGAGGGUUCUCUGCAAGUAUUUCCAGGAGCUGAACCCAAGGCGGGCCGUCACGACGGCUGCGAUUGGAAGCCUAGAGCCGGGGACCACUUAUGUGUUUGAUGUCUAUUUAAUGAGACGCUGGGGGAUCCCUGUCAAGUAUGCCAGCAAGAUAGUCAAGACCAGGAAGGAGUGCUGAGAUACCGCCCCCUGCAGGAGGGUUGUGGACUACACUGUAAAGCCUGAUCAUGAGAAUGAAGCCAUUUGACUGUUGAGAGACAGAAGGAUUUAUUCCCUUUCGGAGGAGCAAUCGUUGGCCUGGCCACUUGUCUUCUUCUGAGGACGCGAGAAGAGUCCACACACCAGCAAAUAUUCAUAUUAUUCCUAUUCAAUAUUUACAACACAAUGCUUCUCAUCGUCCAUCGCGAUCAUGACGUGGCAGCAGUCCAAGUACUCGUUUUGUGCCCGAGUACAAAGGACAAAUGAGGUUUGUGUUGUCAGGCAAGAAAAAAAGCAGUGCCCAAUAUGCAACAGAAACAGAUGGGGCAAUAAUUGGAUGACAUCUGAGACAUGUGGGCGGGAAGGGGAGCAGCGGGGGAACUGGGGGGGAUUUGUAGUGUAUAUUUCCGGUGAUGCUUAUUGUGUCAACGCAGCGGGAGUGCAAUCUACAGAUGCUUAGUUCAAAGUCAAAAGUGUGUAUCUUUGUGUUGUACUUUUUGCAUGAAUCAGUGGAGAAAAACAAACAAACUUGUGUCUAUUGCCUCAUUGUCAUUGAUGUAUUCUUGUCCUGCCUCAAACGCUCCAAAUAAAUACCAGGCGUAUUUCACUACAUUCUUUAUAAAGUCA